AUGGCAACAGCCUUGCAGGGCCUCCGACUGACGGCGAGAACGUGCUGUUGCACUCAGUCCUCACAAAAACAUGUCGUCCGAACAAUUGGUCGGCAGAGGGUCUUUUCCACAACUCCUAUACCUUGGGUUUCGAAGGAGGAAAGGCAGAAGCGCCAUGAAGAAAGACUUUCUAGAGCCAGCAAGAUUACCGGUUUAGACGUUAGGGCCAUGGAUAGGGAAAAUGAGGACAUGAAGCGGGAGUUGCAGCAGCUUCUUGACGAUGAGAUAGAUAUCGGUCCAUCGAUGCCAAUACCAGACUUACCAGUCUCGAGAAAGAAACUGAAGGAGACGUUUUUGAAUUUGGGAGAGCAGGAAGCGUUUGAAGACGGAGGUUUCAUGGAAGAUGAGGAAGACGAUAUAUCGACAUUGGCACACGGCGAGCUAGAGCAGCACAGGGAAUGGAGACAUUAUGCUAGAUUGGAAGCUUGGGAAAUGCCACUCUUAUCAAAGUUGGCCAAACCAUUCGAAUUGCCAACUAAGCGAAUGCCGCUUCGAUUUAGAUACACCACUUAUAUGGGCGAACAGCAUCCAGCGGAGAAGAAAGUUGUUCUAGAAUUCUCCCCAGCCGAUAUGCCUGACUUGACACCGGUACAAACUGACAAGCUGAGGAAGCUGCUGGGUCCCCGAUAUAACCCUGAAAAAGAUACCGUCAGGAUGAGUUGUGAGAUGUAUGAGACACAGGCACAGAACAAGCGCUAUCUCGGUGAUACCGUUGACGCUCUUUUGGCUGAAGCAAGGGACCCCACAGACACCUUUGAGGACGUACCGCUUGACACUAGACAUCACACUUUCAAGCCUAGACUUCGAUUUCCAAAGGAAUGGGCUAUGACUGAGGAGCGACGGCAGGAACUUGUCGCCCAACGGCAAGCCCAAAUCGAAAGGGAUGCGCAGUUGCAAGAGCUCGGUCAUCUAGUCAAUGGUGAGCAGAUAAUUCAGAAAGUGUUGGCCAGCAGAGCAGCAAUGGCUGCAGAGGAACCGGAGCCGGUACUCGUGGGCGGCAGAGGAGGGCGAGCUGCUGCGAAAGGUGCAGGCGGUAAGAAGAUUUCCGUGAGGAGGUAA